AUGGCGAAGCCGCGACUGCCGUCGGGGUUCCGGUUCCGAUCGACGGACAAGGUGCUGGUGGUGCACUACCUCCGGCGGCGCGCGCUGGCGUCCCUGCUCCCAGCGGCCGUGGACAUCCCUGCUCCCAGGUGGAGCGAGCAGGAGCGCUACUUUUUCACGUGCAAUGAGGCCAAGUACGUGAAGGGGCAGCAUGCGAACCGCGCCACGGGGGCCGGGUACUGGAAGGCCACGGGGCAAGGAGAAGCCUGUGGAGGUGGCGGUUCCGGCGAGGGGCGGCGGCCAGGCGCAGGCCGUGCUGGGGGCGCGCGGGCGUUCAUCGACUUCGCGCUCGUGGAUGCAGUCGCGGCGGGGCGGCGCGAGCAGCAGCAGGGGCAGCAGCGGCGCGCGUCAUCACCGGUGAUGUCGUCGAGCCGCCUGACGGACGCGUUGCACGAGCAGCACGCGCGGGAGCAGGGUAGUUUUGAUGAUGUGGCAUAUUAUAUGGAUGCUGACGUAUGGCAGUAUCUUAGUGAAUGA